UGUGCAUUUUAGAGCACGCACUCAGAUUGUGAAAGACAUGGCAGGCUGAGUUCUUCAUUAGAAAAAAAUUAAGCCCAUCUCUUUCUCUUCCCUGCCAAAAAAGGCCAAGAGCUACAGCUGUGUCAGAUCCCUGAGCAUGAAUUAUUGACACUCCUGCACACUGAAGACAUGCAGAGAGCGCUCACAAGCAAGAAAGGAACGUCAGGAGUGCACAUCACUGCAGAGAUCUACAGGCCAGGUGGUGUCCUAGCAAAGGAUGAUACAAGAACAUUCUGUGGACCCUCUGCUGAUGCCUUACAGACAGGUAGCCCUGCAGGCAGCUGAGGAUCCUGGCCUGCUCUGUGCUGCACCAGAGCAUGAGCCUGAAAGUGCUGGAGAGCUUUUUCAUUUCUUCAGGCUUUUUGGAAGCUGAAGGAUGCUGGGGGAACACUUUUAGGGAGCAUUCAGGGAGACCUCAUUCUGCAUAUUCAGUAACAAUAAUAGUCACUCCAGACUCUUCUAUAAGGAGACCCAGGAUGCAAAUUUACAAUGCACUGACUCUGCAAGGAGGUACUCCAAAAAGUUUGGAAGCAAAGAUGUGCAACCUAAAGCUGUCAGUUUUCUUCAUUGCACUUUCUGUCACUCUGAGCUGUUUGGAAGCUACACCUAUUGAGAAAUUGCUAUCUGUGGCUGAUGAUCUAUCUGAUGGUACUUCCAAGAGACAAGGAUGGAUAUUGCCAGUAAUGUCACGGAAUACACUCUUAGGACUUAGCGAGGAAAUGCCAGAACAAUCAGCAGCAAAGACAAAAAGUCACCAUCUGGAGAAACGGAAAUGCAACACCGCUACAUGUGUGACACAACGCUUGGCUGACUUUUUAGUUCGUUCCAGUAACAACAUUGGAGCAAUUUAUUCACCUACAAACGUGGGGUCCAAUACAUAUGGAAAGAGGGACACAGUCGGGCUUUUAAGCAAAGAACCCCAAAACAAUGCACAGCUUUAGGGUGUUCAAAAUACUACUGAUACAGUUUUCAUUAGGAGACCAGUUUUUAAUGUAUCAAUAACCUCUUGGUCAUUUAUUACUUGUACAGUCCUUACAGUGCCUUGUUUUCUGUGUGUGCGUAUGUGAUUUAUGUUCAUCAUUUCACUAUGCAUGUACAAUGACAUGCAUAGGCUAUUGUUUCAACACCAUUAAGAACUCCAGAAAUCUGCUUGUCAAAUUCCUUUGUAAAAAAAUACAUAUAUAUAUAUAUCAUAAUAAUAAAUGGAAAAGUAAUUGCAACAGGGGGUUUUGUAUUAUUGCUAUUAUUAUUAUU